AUGCGCCUACCCAAGGAGACAAGGACGGCUGCGUGCAAUCGCAGCAGCUAUGCAGCAGGAAACGAUGAGAGUAACAGGGUCGGUGUCGAUACGGACUCAGAUUGUUAUGAGUUCUCUUUUGAGGAACAGAAGAACAUCAUGAGACGUGUUGAUAUACGCCUUUUGACCACCGUUGGACUCUUAUACUGCUUCUCUGUCAUCGAUCGUUCAAACCUCCCCUCUGCUGCUGUUGCCGGUAUGCUAGAAGACUUGGACAUGACAGGAAACCGUUAUUCAAUUGUUAGCUUGGUGUUUUUCACCACCUAUAUCACCUUCCAGCCCAUAUCGGUUAUUCUUUCUCGAACUCUUGGGCCACGUACCUACUUCACAAGCAUAACCAUGCUCUGUGGAGGUAUUGUUCUUGUGAUGGGGUUCUUAACAAAUUGGAGUCAGAUGGUUGCUUUGAGAGUAAUUCUUGGCGCCCUUGAUUCGGGAUUCUUUCCUAGCUGCGUUUACCUCUUGAGCACUUGGUACAUCCGGUACGAGGUUGGAAAACGAUUCUCUGUGUUUUACAUGAUUGUGUGCUUUGCUUCGGCAUUUGCUGGGAUCUUGGCGUUCGGCCUCACUAGGCUCAACGGCGCCGCAAAUCUGAAAGGUUGGUCAUGGAUCUUCGUUAUAGAAGGGAUGAUCACAUGCAUUAUCGGCAUCGUGGGAUAUUUCCUCCUGGUGGGGUUUCCGGACGCCCAGAAGCCAACUUGGAAAUUUCUUUCUGAGAAGGAGACUGCCUGGGUCAUUUCAAGGGUACAGGAUGACAGAGGGGAUGCGAAACUGCCAGCUUUCGGCAUCAAAAUGUUUCUCAGAGGCGGUGGUGACGUCAAAGUUUGGGCUUUGGCUGUCAUUUAUUUCAACAAUGCUCUUGUUAACUUUUCAUUGUCUUUCUUCCUUCCAAUCAUCCUGAAAGACAACAUGGGCUUCGGCACCGGAAAAGCCCAAAUUCUCACAGCACCGCCUUAUAUCUUCGCUGCCAUCAUCAUGUACAGUACCGGCUGGCUUGGAGACCGAUACAUGCUACGCGGCCCCAUAAUAAUUGGGGACAUGGUUUUGUCAAUCGUUGGAAUUUGUCUAAUGGGUUUCCAUGAGGAUGUCGCUGUACGCUAUUUUGGCGUUUUUCUGGUUACUGCGGGUGCAGUCAGUGCUACGCCUGCGACUAUGGCAUACCAGGCGAACAACAUUCGCGGGCAAUGGAAACGCGCGUUUUGCAGCGCUUUUGUGGUUGGGAUCAGCGGAAUUGGUGGAAUUGCAGGUUCUCUCGUUUUCAGGCAAAAGCCAGGAUAA